CUGUUGGUCUCUUAUAGCUUCCACGUUUCACCAUUUUUCUUCAUGGCUUCGAAGCUCGUUUUGAACCGACUGAGAUCUCUCUGUAGAGUCUCUCAACUCAGCGACGUCCGUUUUGAUAAACUCAGAGACCCGGUUUCCAUUUUCUCCACCUCACAAAAUCAGGUAACAUGGCGAUCUUAUUCCGAAGCUUCUCAGCCAACUCCGAUAAAUCCUCCACCACCACCUCCUCCAUCCCCUAAUACUUCUACAACAACUUCAAGUUCUCUCAAUGAAUUUGAACUUGCCAAAUUCUCUGCCAUUGCCGAAACCUGGUGGGAUGCAGAAGGACCCUUUAAGCCAUUACAUCUGAUGAACCCUACAAGACUUGCUUUUAUUAGGUCCACUCUUUGUCGGCACUUCAGAAAGGAUCCAAAUUGCACUAGACCUUUUGAAGGACUGAAGUUUGUUGAUGUUGGUUGUGGAGGCGGAAUUUUAUCUGAGCCUUUGGCUCGAAUGGGAGCUACGGUCACGGGAGUUGAUGCUGUGGACAAAAAUAUUAAGAUUGCUCGCCUUCAUGCGGAUUUGGAUCCACAAACUUCUUCAAUUGAAUAUCGGUGCACAACAGCUGAAAGCCUGGUUGAAGAACAGAGACAAUUCGAUGCUGUGAUUGCGCUAGAGGUGAUUGAGCAUGUAGCAGAUCCUGCUGGAUUCUGCAAAUCAUUAUCAGCGUUGACCAUUCCUGGUGGUGCUACAGUGAUAUCAACGAUUAAUCGUUCAAUGAGAGCAUAUGCAACGGCAAUUGUUGCAGCAGAGUAUCUCCUACAUUGGCUUCCAAAAGGUACACAUCAAUGGUCAAGCUUUCUAACCCCAGAAGAACUAGUCCUCAUUCUUCAGCGCGCUUCUAUAUCGGUGCAAGAGAUGGCUGGAUUUGUGUACAACCCUUUGACGGGUCGCUGGUCCUUGUCCGAUGACAUCAGUGUUAAUUUCAUCGCUUUCGGAACAAAAUCAGCCAAGAAGGAUGAAACUCUAGAUUAAGUUACGAUAUAGCUGUCAAUUUUAUUCUGCUGUUAAUCUCUUAACCCAUUCUGUAUGUAAUCUCUUUUUCAGUUUUGUUGGAUGAUGAAUGCAAUUUCUAUAUGUUAGAAUAUGAACAUCCACAUCACAAGUUCUUAACUUGAAUGAAAAUGUACCAUUUCGAAAUUUCAAAUA